CAAAGAAGCUCUGUAUUGCUUUUUCAUGUACUGCACAUAUAUUCGGAUAUUUAAAUUUUGGAUAAAUCGAAUGGACGGGGUUCAAAGGUUACAUGUAUGUAUGGUCACGAAUCAUUGUAUCACUUCGUAAAUGUACUAUUAUUGGAAGUGACCUGCUAAUCCAAGUAAUGAGACGUGAAGGAAGAUAUUUUAGGUAUUUUAACAGUUGUUUAACUAGAGACUUUAUUUCAUAUAAAGUUGAUGAAAUAUCAAUGUGACAUUUUAUUGCAGGUCUGUUAAAACAUUUCUCAGCAAAUUUGUUACAACAGAGUUGUUCAAGAACUUUGACCUCAGCCGUGCGCCAUUUUGAAAGAAAAAUGUCGAGAGAGCUUCAACCUGUAAAUAAUAUAAAAUCACAACACAUUUGUAAACCUGAAUGGACAUGUAGUAGUCAAUCUUGUUCAACAUUUACUAGAGAGAUGGCUCCAGAAAUAGCAUUCAAACCGAAUGGACAUCUUUUAGUUGAUGACAGACUAGAAAUAAAAAUUGAUAAACUUGACACCAGCCAGAAAGUGACUGUCUAUGCAUAUUUAGAAGAGGAAAAGAAGACAUUUGAGUCAUGUGGUUGUUUCACAGCAGAUAAACAAGGCAUAGUCAACUUGGGAAAACAGGCAUCAGUCUCAGGAACAUACACGGGUGUUUCUGCUAUGGGGUUGUUUUGGAGUUUGGUACCCUGUCCUGGGCAGCUUGAAGGUAUUAGGCUUAUGAAAAAGAACUUAGACACACCUUUUAUCACACAAGUCAUAGUUUAUGAUGGGCACUUUUCCUUGGAAGAUAUAAGAGAGAAGACCCCUGCAGAACUUUGUAAAACUACUAUAGAGAGAUGGUACAAAUCUCCAGGUGUAACAAACUAUGAAGUGACAGAUGGAAAUGUCAGAGGGAAACUAUAUUUACCUCCAGGUGAUGGGCCAUUUCCUGCAGUGAUAGACCUGUUUGGGACAGUAGGUGGAAUAACAGAUUACAGGUCGGCCCUGCUUGCUUCCAGGGGGUUCGCAUCUUUAGCUUUGCCAUACUUUUUGUAUAAAGACUUGCCAAAAAGUUUAUUUGAUCUCAACUUAGAUUAUUUUCUGGAAGCUAUUGAUUGGUUGUUAUCACGUGACAACAUUAUAUCAAGUGGUUUAGGUGUGAUUGGGACAUCUAAAGGUGGGGAUAUAUCACUCAUGAUGGCGAGGUACAGUAAAAAGGUACGUGCAGUAGUGAACAUUAAUGGUUGUACAUUUAAUGCAACAGCACCGAUGAAGUACAGUGGUGGCGAUAUACCAGAAGUACCGUUAGUUGUUUCCUAAAUUCUUUUAUGAUAU